UAAGUCCAAACCGCUGCGGCGUUUUGAUUUUGAUUUGUUUGGAUGUUAGUUGUCUGAUAAGCCCAUCCCAGGUGUUAGAAGCAGCGCUUGUCUGAAGCACAUGACCGCCAAGUCCAUGCCUUAAGAUGCAGUCCGUUGCAUUUACAAUGAGUCAACACUGAGACUGCUUGACCUAACUGCAAUGGCGGCGAAACGAGCAUCAGCUGCCCUCGCGGACUACACGCUGGCUCGCCAGCUGUUCGCCCAGGACUGCGCCAAGUCCGCCGAGUCCAAGGCGGGAGCCAAGGUCCUGGUGGCCGGCGGCGCCUUGCCUCUCCUGGUGGACAUGCUGUCAUCGGCGCCCUCGUGGCCGGAGCGCCCCGAGGACGCCGUCGGCGACAAGAAGGAGACGUGGCUGGCGGACGGGGGUGGCGCUCAGCCGGGUGCUGUCGGCAAGGACCUGGACGCCGUGCGCAUGGAGACGGCCCGCCUGGCGGCCGCGGCCUUGGCGCACCUCGCGGCCUACAACGUCACCGCCAAGCACGUGGCCAAACCCUCGGUGCUGUCUGCCCUCGUCGAGGCCACCCAGUUGCUGGAGGCGCUGACGGCGUUGUGGAGCGUGGCGAGGCACUCCGCCCCCCUCGCGGAGCUGGUGGCCACGCUGGACGACGACGUGAUGGGCGCCGUGGUGGCGGCCGUGCUGGACCACAAGGAGGCCGUGAGGCACGCCGCCGUGCUGCUGCUGCGCGACCUCUGCAAGCGGACCUUGCAGCUGUCGCAGCUGGCGGUGGACGCGGGGGCGGGCUGCGCCUUGACGCAGCUGCUCAAGGACACUCCGGGCCUCUGCCGGCUGCACGCCGCCGUCGCCCUGGGCUACCUAGCCGCGCACUCGCCCGUCCUGGCCCUGGCCGUCAUCGCCGCCAAGGUCAGCCAGCGGCUGGCACACUGUGACGGGGAAGUCCCGGCUCAGCCUUUCGACCAGCGGAGGCAACCAGUCACCAAAUCCUGUGUCCACUUCAGCACCUGA